AUGCCCAAGCCCGACGUCGACAGCCCCGGCGACAGCGACGACGUCCAGACGCGCGCACUCGCGCAGCUCCACGACCUCCAGCGUCAGCACGCCGCACGUCAAUCGCUUCGUGCUGCCAACAGCGCCGCUAGCGUCGCGUCCGUGCGCGCGCAGCUCUCGAGUCUCAAGCUCAAGUCGGACAUCAAACGCUCGUCGGCGUUUGUGAAAAAGCUGCGCGUGUUGACCGAAUGUAACGCCGACACGCUGCUGCGGGACGCCAGCGAAUUGAACCUCACGCGCUACGUGAGCGAGUGCGUCGCGGCGCUGGCUGACGCGCCUUUCAAGCUCGUGGACCUCUCGGCCGCGGUCAAAGUCACGUCGUGUCUGCACCAGCGCUACGAGGACUUUGCCCCGGCUCUGGUACAGGCGCUAGUGCAGAGUUUCGACGCGCUGUACGCGUCCGAAGACAAGAGCAAGAUGCUGCGGCGGCGGCUGAUUCUCCGUCUGCUCUGUGAGCUCUACUUGGCAGGCGUGUUUGAUGACGUGCAAGUGAUUGCGCACCUGGUUCAGCGGGUGGCGAGACGUGAGCCGCCUAUCGGUCUCAAACGCAGCAAACAGAGUGCCGUGGUUGGUGCAAAUGCUGCCACGCCGCAAUUGGAAGUCCCGCUGCUUGUAAGCUUUGCCAAGUCGGUCGGGGUCGAGUUUCUAGGGGUGCAACCUAAGAAGCUGAAAGAGCUGGAGAAACUACUGGCAGAACACCACGAGCCGGUGCAGUCAUUUGUUGACAGCUGGACAGCGGUCGUACCCUCGAGUGUCCAAAUCGAGUGUCGCAACUGCUUGAACGACGCGUUUGAGAUGAUUGGCAAGUAUUAUGUCGCCCAACACGCGACGGUGUGGAGAGUGGAAGCGAGGAAUGAAAAGGAAGAAGUAAAUCGUGGUGAAGUGAUGGACGGUCAUGUGCAAGAGCUCAAGAAAGCCAAGCUGUUGUUUGAAAAGCUGCAGACGAGCGUCAACGCGCUCGCAGACGCGCUGGAUCGGGAAGUGCCACCAUUGCCAGCGGAAACGAAAGAUGACGGCUCGGGUCGUGGAGAGAUUCACGUGUGGGAAGGGGGAGGACGUGAGGCAGGGCGCGGUGGACCAUUUGAUGAUGAGGCCACGCGCUCGUUCUACGAAGAUCUACCUGAUCUGCUGGAGUUAGUCCCUGCUGUUGUGCUUGGACUCACGGAGGCUGAUGUUGCUGAAUUGAGAAAAAAGAAGGAGACGUUGGGGGACGACGAAUCAGAGGCAGGGAGCGGACUCGAUGAAAUGGAGCCAUGUGUAGAUUAUGAUGAGCGAGAAGUUGGGGGGACAGGUGAUACACUGGAAGGUGUUGAGACUGGUGCAGUCAAAGACACUGCAGCAGCCGAUACAGACAGGGAUGAGAGCAAGUCGGAGGACGGGAUGGAUGGUGCAAGGGUUUCCGUGGCGUCGUUGAGUGGAGCGUCAAGCAGCUACCAUCAUCAGUUGGAUGCAUUUUUCGCUUCGUUAGAAGAUUUGGUGAAUCGAGAUCGCUGCGAUAAGGCGGCAGUUGACUUUUGCUACCGUAACUCAAAGGCAAAUCGAAACCGGCUCGUGAAGACUCUGUACGCUGUGCCACGAACGCAUCUCGAGUUGCUGGCUCACUACGCGCGCCUAGUGGCUACGCUACAGAGUGUGCUAAAGGAGGAUAUCGGCGGCGAGCUUGUAAACAUGCUCGUGGGCGAGUUUCAUGGUCUGAUUAAACGACGCAACCAAUUUCGUCUUGAGUCGAAGAUCAAGAAUAUCCGUUUUUUGGCGGAACUGGUGAAAUUUCGGAUUUGCCCGCCGCAUACAGGAUUCCGGUGUUUGCAAAAGUGCUUCCAGGAUUUUCAGGGGCAUAAUGUUUAUGUUGCUACGACAUUCCUCGAGAAUUGUGGCCGCUUUCUGUACUGCUCAAAGCAUACGCACGUGCGCACAGUGGCUUGCUUGAAUGUUAUGAUGAAGCUCAAGGCAGCCAAGCAUUUGGAUCCACAACUGGAAACUCUUGUCGAAAACGCAUACUAUAUGUGUAAGCCUCCCGAGCGUGUGGAGCGUCAAGUGAAAGAAUACGAUCCGAUGUAUUUGUACUUGAUUAAGGUGUUGUACCACGAUUUGAAUGGCUCCAAUAUCAACAAAGUUGGGAAAACGCUUCGCCGUCUUCCAUGGCAAAACAGCGGUACUAUUGGAAUGGUCUUGAGGGCUAUGCUGAAGGUCACAAAGGGCAAGGUGAUGCAAAUGAAAUGGAUAUGCGAACUGGUGAAGGCUCUCUCACGAUAUCAUGAUGAUAUUCUGGUGCUACUAGUGGACAGUGUGUUGGAAUAUGUUCGGUUUGGAUUGGAAGUGAACGACUAUCGCGAUCACCAGCGGAGUCUUGGGUACAUUAAGCUGCUGGGAGAGAUGUACAACUGCGGGCUUGUGAGCAUGAAUGUGUUAGAUGAAAUGCUGUAUCUUAUAAUCAACCAUUCGCACGACUUGCUGACAUUACCACAGUACAACAGUGACAAAAUGUCUGCGACUCAGUUAAUGGAGAUGAAGAAACGUUUUCUUUUGGUUCCUGACAUGCGAUAUGACCCUCGCGUACCAAGCGAAGUCGACGGCCCGAGCGAAGUGUUCCGCAUCCGCUUGGUCAGUGCCUUGAUUGAGACAUGUAGCGGCGGUGGACUGGCAAGUGUAUCCGGCACAAACGAACGAGGAAUUUUUCGGCCUCGCCUCGGUCGAUUCAUGGUCUUCUUUCAACGAUAUCUCUUGUCUAAGACGGAUGUACCGAUCGAAACCGAUUUCGUCGUGUCUGAUUUGUUUGAUCUGCUAGCCACUACUCUGAAAGACUAUUUUGAAAAGUUUGAUACGUGGGAGGCGGCUGAUCAGGCCGUUCAGACGAUUCUUCGUGGUGAUCUUGAGGAGGCUGAGCGCUGGCUGGCGAAAAAGAAUGCGGCAUUGUUAAUGGCUACCAACGGCCUCGAGAGCGUAGCAGAAGAGAGAAGAUCUAUGUCACAGCUAGCUGACGACGAUGAAGAGUUUUGUGCAGAUGAAGAGGAAGACUCGGAUGACGGUGACGAUGAUGACGAUGACGACGACGAGCAUGACCAUGACGAGCAAGGUGAAGGAAACGACGAUGAUGUGAAUGAUGAAGAUGACGAGGAUGAAGAAGAUGAUGAUGACGAUGACGAGGAGGAUGACGAGGAAGAAGAUGAUGAGGAAGAGGAGCGGCUUAUCAUCCACGAUCGUAUUCAAAAGAAUGAAGAGGACGAAGAGUUUGAAAAGGCGUUCAGGUCGAUGAUGCAUGGAUCUUCUGACACGCGCAAGCCUGUGGCGAGGGUGAAUGUUGAUAAGAUGGCUAUUCCUGCCGUUGUGAAAAGCACAGCUACGCCUACACCCGCGUGCUCUCAAGGGGUCUUGUCUUUUGAUACGAACGGGUCCCCCGAUGGCGUGGUGUUCCGCAUGCUUCGUCGUGGCAACAAAGGCAAAGUGGAGGCGCGCGCUUUAGUCGUGCCGGAGACGUCGUCCCUAGCUCAGCAUAGUCACCGCCAGGAAAAUGCUGGCAAGAAGGAGCAGUCCGAGUUGAAACGACUUGUGCUACAAAACAUGGAGCGGGAUGAUUUCAUGAGUGAUGGGCCUUCCAUUGAGAGCCUUCCUAGCUUCGGCCCUUCUGCCCACACGAGCGUGAAUCAGGGUAAUCACGGGGCAGGGCAGCAAGCAGAUGAUGCUCGGUUGGGGUUCGGAGGCGGCAGCGAGUGGAAUAACGCAGAGUUUGGGCUUCGACGGGGCAAAGGAUAUCGCGGUGUCAAGUAA